AGCCCAGCCCAGCCCGGGCCGGGGCGGAUCGGAGGGAGCAGCCCCGGAGCAAGAUCCAGCCCUGCUGAGGGACAACUGGGCAGCACAGGGACCUGCUCUGGUGAGCUGCAGAGAUCAGAUGGCACUUGGUUUCACCAGCAGAAGAUACACAAGGAGAAGCUGUUGGAACUGCAAACGUGGGAAUGUUCUGUGCUGAAUGCAGCUUGGUGAUGUGAGGUUUGAUCUUCAAACCAUCAAGAUUUCUCUCUGCUGGUGGGGAAGAUGGGUUCUGAUUGUACUGAAAAUGGAGUGACCAGGAGGGUGAAGCUUUGCUGACCACUGGGAAGCCCAUCUGGAGCCUGGAUGCUCUUCCUUGGUGGGGAAAACACCGUCAAAACUUGUGGGCAGGGAGGGUUUGGGGCAGCAGGGGGACCAUGGGGCUGCUCUGGGCUCUGCCCUGUGGUGGGGCCUUCCACUUGUCCUGGCACUGACCCCCUGGGAACACAGGGCUGGGCAUCCAGCUGUUCCACCAGCCACACGCUUCAGCGGCGUCUUGGGGACAUCAGAGAAGGAAAACAAGGCAGGAAAAUGUAGCAGUGCUGAUCUUCAAGGACCUUUCUGCUUUGCUGGAGAUCUCUGGGUGCGUUUGUCCGCCCUGCUUGGGAGGUCUCUGCCCCCCCUGGCUUUCUCACCCAGUUUAAUACGUAUUUCUUCGGUGUCCAUGCAUUUGUGUCUCUUCUCACCUCCUCUUGAAGCCAUGAGCUUCUCCAAGGAACCAUGAGGUGCUUGAUUUCAACCCACCCCCGUGAGCUGGAAGCCCUUCCACUCCCCCAGCUUUCCAAGUGACCGCGGAGGAACAAGAACCCAGAGAACCUGGAGCCCACCAUGGCCGAGAAGUGCGACUGCGUCGCCAGCGCCUACGGCUACGACCUGGGCUGUCGCUUCCUCAACUUCCACCCCUUGGGCUUUGGAGCCAACGGGUUGGUCCUCUCAGCCCUGGACAGCAGGAGCUGCCGGAAGGUGGCGGUGAAGAAGCUGACCAUCGGGGACGCGCGCAGCAUGAAGCACGCCUUCCGGGAGGUGAAGAUCAUCCGCCGCCUGGACCACGACAACGUGGUCAAGGUGUACGAGGUGUUGGGCCCCAAGGGGACCAGCCUGAGGGGGGAUUUCUUCAAGUUCAACGUGGUCUACAUCGUCCAGGAGUACAUGGAGACGGACCUGGCGCGGCUGCUGGAGCAAGGGAAGCUGGCCGAGGAGCACGCCAAGCUCUUCAUGUACCAGCUGCUGCGGGGGCUGAAGUACAUCCACUCGGCCAACGUCCUCCACCGCGACCUCAAGCCGGCCAAUAUCUUCAUCAGCACGGAGGACCUGGUGCUGAAGAUUGGUGACUUUGGGCUGGCCAGGAUCGUGGACCAGCACUACUCACACAAGGGGUACCUUUCUGAAGGCUUGGUGACAAAGUGGUACCGCUCCCCUCGCCUCCUCCUCUCCCCAAACAACUACACCAAAGCCAUCGACAUGUGGGCAGCUGGCUGCAUCCUGGCUGAGAUGCUGACAGGAAGGAUGCUCUUUGCUGGGGGUCACGAGCUGGAACAGAUGCAGCUUAUUCUGGAGACGAUCCCCGUGAUCCAUGAGGAAGACAAGGAGGAGCUGCUCAAAGUGAUGCCCACCUUCAUCAACAGCACCUGGGAAGUGAGGAAACCACUGCGCAAGCUGCUCCCUGAAGUGGAUAGUGAAGCUAUUGAUUUUCUGGAGAAGAUCCUGACAUUUAACCCCAUGGAUCGAUUAACGGCCGAGAUGGGUCUGCAACAUCCCUACAUGAGUCCCUAUUCCUGCCCUGAGGAUGAGCCAGUGUCUCAGCAUCCCUUCCGGAUUGAGGAUGAGAUUGAUGAUAUUUUACUGAUGGAAGCCAACCAGAGCCAGAUGUCCAACUGGGACAGGUACCACGUCAGCCUCUCCUCAGAUUUGGAAUGGAGACAGGAUAAAUAUCACAACAUGGAUGAGGUUCAGCGGGACCCCCGGGCAGGGUCUGAAUCCAUCGCUGAAGAAGCACAAGUUGAUCCCCGGAAAUAUUCCCAGAGCAGCUCAGAGAGGUUUUUGGAGCUAUCCCACUCAUCCAUGGACCGAGUGUUUGAUGCUGAUUGUGGGAAAUCAUGUGAUUACAAAGUGGGGUCACCUUCCUACUUGGACAAAUUGCUGUGGAGGGACAAUAAGCCCCAUCAUUACUCGGAGCCCAAGCUGAUUUUGGAUUUAUCCCACUGGAAAAGAGCAAACAUAGCACCUCCAGCUGAGCUGUCGCUGGAAGAAGAACCAUCCAACCUCUUUCUGGAGAUUGCUCAGUGGGUGAAGAGCACUCAGGUGGGUCUGGAGUGUCCCAAUCCUCUUCCAGAGAUUCAGGAACGGAACCUGCCACCUUCUCCUCACCAUCUCCACCAAGAACCCACGGAGGUGAACAGUGCCACGGACCCUGAGUUUGACUUGGAUGUCUUCAUCUCCAGGGCACUGAAACUUUGCACAAAACCUGAGGAUCUUCCAGACAACAAGCUCAAUGACAUCAACGGGGCCUGCAUAUCUGAGCACCCCGGGGAGAUUGUACAAACAGAGGUCUUCCAGAAAGAGAGGUGGUGAGGAAUCCCCACCCAGGAGACCUCCCACUGGGUCUCCCUGCUCCUCUCUG